AUGCAGCCCCGGACGCACUAUCUGCUGCUGCUCGUCGUCUUUGGCGUGAUUGCGAAGGGCAUGGUGAAGUCCUCGUUUGGGUCGAACAUGUGCGUCUUGUUACUCGUGUGUGUAGGCGUCUACUACUGGUGCACGAAACACAACGAAAAGUGCGUGUACGACGACAUUGCUCGUCAACAAGCCGAGUCGGUCGCCAAGCUGGACGCACUGCGAGGUAUGGGCGACGGCAGAGUCACGGACUACACGAUGGCGAUGCGCAGAACCUCUUUCAAGCUCGACGACAUCGAUGCGGGCGUCAUCACGGAUCGCAUUCGAGGGUACUCGAGCAAGUUUGGUGGGUCUCGUAAGGACCGCCAGAAGUUUCUUCGGAAGAACUCAAAGUCAAAACGAGGGGACGUUGGCGUGGAAGACCUGGCUCUGGUAGCGCUGACAAAGUCGUCGCUGUUGAGCGAUCCGUCGGAGCCUGAAAUCAAGCACAGCAUUGGAGCGAUAGUUGAGGAGGCCGUUGAUGCCACAUUGUAA